AUGUCAGGCAUUGUGGCGGAGAUCAACAAAAUCCCUCCCAUUACACGCACGCUCUGUCUGUCCAUGGCAGCAGUGUCGUUGCCCGUCAUCAUGAAUCUUUAUGGAUUCUACAGAGUUGCGUGGAUAUGGCCCUCUGUAAGAUACCAGUUCGAGAUUUGGAGAGCAUUCACCACUAUGUUCAUUGAAGUGGGAGGAAUCAACUUCAUAUUCAUGAUUGCAACGUUAUAUCGUACCUCAAAUGAACUCGAAACAGUGUCGUAUGCAGGUCGCCCAGCAGACUAUGUGUGGCAGAUGUUUCUUUCAGUUAUUGGCAUCCUGCUCCUCAACGCCAAACGCACAAACGUCCUUAUUCACACCCGCGCCUUCCUCUGCGCGCUGUCCUACAUCAACUCUGCGCUCGCCCCCGCGGGUGCCAUGACCUCGCUGUUCGGCCUCGUCACCUUCCCCGUCAUCUACUGGCCGUACGUCUUCGUCGCACUCGACCUCCUCAAUGGCGGCCCCCACGCUGGCGCGACUGCCAUGUCCGGCGCCGUCAUCGGUCACCUGUGGUGGUGGGGCGCGUGGGAAGCUCGCGCCGUCCGUCCCGCGCUCAACGCGCCGAACUUCUUGAGAAGGCUCAUGGGACAGACCGGUGGCGGGGAGCCGGUCAGGAUGGGUGGGGGCGUGUCAGUCGUGACCCCGAGGCAGGUGCGUGACGCCGAUGCGCGGGCUGGUGACGGGCACAGCUGGGGAUCUGGGCGUCGGUUGGGCCGGUGA